AUGCAUCAGCAUGCUGAGUUUGACCAUUUACAAACAAUAAAAAAAAUGAUGAAUAUUUACUUUCUUGUAAAACAUAAUAUUGCUAUACUUAAUUUUGAAGAUUUCUGUCAUCUUAUUGAUUUACAAAUUCAAAGUUCUGAACAAAAUAUUGUUCCAGGUGGUACAAAUCUUUUAAGUUUACCUGAACCAAUAGCUGCAACACAAUCUAUAUGUAGCGAAUAUGGAUCAUAUACUAAUAAUCAAGCUAGAAAACAAUUUAUUAAAGCAAUUGCAUAUAUUAUUGAAGAAGCUAUAUUUAAUGAAUUAUGA